AUGCCUAUGCCUCUUUUCAGAACAGAUGACAACUGGCAAUAUCAACCAGAUUGCCCAUGCGAUCAUUGUUUGGACAUCACCAACAAUUCACCACAAAUUCUUUAUCAACGUGAACAGUUUAUUAGCCAUAAUAAUCUUGACAUAGUUCCCUGUAAUAACCAGCCCCAACAUCAAUUGAGUUAUCUCAAUAAUCAACAAAGUCAUUUAGUCAACAUAACACAUACUCAACCUGUUAUUAGCCAGCAACAGUUAAUUCAUCCGGUCAACAUGACACAUACUCAACCUGUUAUUAACCAGCAACAGCAUCAAUUGCGUUUUCCAAUUCAGCCUCAUGUUAUUAAUGGUCCUAUUACUAAUCAGGUUCAAUAUCAACAACAAUCAUCUUCUCAACCUCCACCAAGUCCUGUUCAAGCCAAUAUUCAUAUAAAUAAUCACCACCAGCCAUCAGUUAUGUCUCUUGACCAGCCCAUUUGUCAAAUUUGUAAUCUUUUAAACAAACACCAUCACCACGACCAACAAGAACAACGAAAAGAAAAUUGA